UUCUGCCACUAGUGGGACAGGGAAGCAAUCUCGGAGGAGUUUAGAGGUGUAAGGAAGUGCGACUGGAGCAGACCCUUAGAUAUAGCGAGAUACAGCCAAAGGCCAAGACAGCGGGCAGCAUGGGAAUCGCGUGGGAGUGUGGACUGUGGUGUUGGGACGUGGGAGGCUUUUUUCGGAAGAAGAGGGUUUCCUGAUCCUGAUGCUUGUCGUUGGACGCUUGGGUCGCAAGGCUACGCGUUCCAACAACUGAUGCUUGUCAUCUUGGGGAGGCUCGUAACUCGUAAGCCGAAAGAUCAAUAUUCAACGCUUGUUAUUCACAAUGUUCAAUGGUACAGACAGGGUUAAUGAUCAAUGGUACAGGUGAGGAAUUUUGAUAUUUCAUGAAGUGGUGAUGCAGGACGAAGAUGACUUCCAAUUUGCAUGAAGUCCUAAUUGAAACACAACAUACCAAGAAGUGGACAAAUGCUACUUUUGAGGGUACCUUGCCGGUGCUUAGUUCAAAGGAUACACCAUAUGAUGUAUUGCUGAAUGGGGUCUGUGGUAUUGUUUCUGAAGAUAGCUCAGACUAUUUGUUUUCUGUUGGAUCAUUUGGCACUAAAAUUGCCGAAGAUGUUCUGGACAGAUACCUACAGCUUCAAUGGGACAUUGCUGCUGAAGAGGAUGUAUCUACCAGUGACAUGUUCUUCCUGCUGGACUCUGUCCGCCGCAGCCAUCGGCAGCACCAGGACACAAAGGAUGACGCAGCGGAGCCGCCGGACGUCGGUGAGCUGCCGGACCCCGAUCAGACUGCGGGGGAGGACGGACCAGCCCCCUCCCCCUCCGAGGACGUGUCACGGGCCCCCUCACCCGCCUCCGACGUCAGCGGCGCCGAGGCCGGCCCGGUCCGCCGCCGGCUGGUCCUGCAGUCCGAGGAGGUGCUGUUUCUCUCCCACGCGCUGGGCUGUGUGCGUGUGACGACCCCGUCCGGUGCCGAGCUGGCCGGCGAGCGGCUGUACCGCCACCUGGCGGAGGAGUGCGGCGACCGCCACCUGGCGGCCCGGUACGCCGCCUACCUGGAUCUUCGCGGCCGCGGCUGGGUGGUCCGCGACGGCCUCCAAUCCGGCGCCGACUUCGGUGAGCUGCCGAGCUACUUAUCGAGUUUACGAGCUACAAACUACGGGUCUAUGAAGCUACUGAGCGAUUAUUUUCACGAGCCACCGAGCUAUGAAUGCUGUACCGCCGUGGGCCGGCGUUCUACCACGCGGCGCUGGUGGUCACCAUCCAGGUGGUGUGCGCCGACACGGGCCGGCUGCGGCCCGAGCGCUGCUUGCGACAGGCCGACUGGCUGUACACGGCCGGGCUGUGCCGCGCCGCCGAGCAGACUGCCAAGGACGUGCUGCUGGUUCGUCUGCUGUGGCCGUCUGACCUAGGCCGGCCGGCCGACCUCGGCUACCUGCGCCGGGUCGGUGUGCAGCACACGCUGGUGCGCCGCUGGACACCCGGCCGGCCCGCUCGGACCGACAGCUGACGGCUGAACGAGAGGAGGUGCUCCACACCACAGGUGCGUCCGCCCGGCGCCGCGGCGAGGGUGAGCCGGGGUGGGCGCGGCCGGGCCGGGCCGCGGAGGAGUGGCCCCGCAGAGCCGCCGACUCGGUCCGGGGUGACCCCCACAGCGGUGUCUUUCCUGCUCCGUGACGGCGCCGGCACCCCGGUGACCGGCCGGUGAUAUUCCCGCGCUCGUCUCGGUGUUGACAGUGGCGGGUUGUGUAAAUUGUAGGCGCUGGCGGUGCUGGGGUGAAGGAUCUCGUGCCGCAGGGAAUCACCAGUGGACUGGCGCGGUGUCUCGGUCGUCAGUCAGUCUUCCUCUCGUGUGUCUGUGAUUUUCCGUCGGCGUCCUCUAGUGUUUGUGUUGGCAGUGUUCGCCGGUCUCUGCAGGGGAAGAGCAGUCGUCGGUUGCUGACGGGCAGUGAGUUGGCAUUCCUGCAGAGGGAACGGUGUGUCGGCACCGGACCAGUCGGCUACUCUGGCCGGCCAGCUGCGGUUUGAAGGGUGCCUGGAUGAUCAAACAAAUAUAUCAUGACUGUUACG